AUGAACAAAGCCGUCCAGGGCUGUGACCGCCUGGCCCGCUGGCUCGACCGGCCGCUCUUCCCAUGGAAGCGCCUCGUCGUUGGCUUCUCCCUCGCAGAAUUCGCUCUCGAAAACUGGCUUCUCUUCCGUCAAUACCGUGUCCUCCAACGAACCACUGUCCCCAAGGCCCUUGACAAAGAAAUUGAGAGGGACACAUUCGACAAGUCUCAGGAAUAUGGUCGCGCCAAAGCCAAGUUCAGCUUCAUCUCCGGUCUCUUCAACCAAGUCAAAUCUCUCGCCACGCUCUACUUCAAUGUAUACCCGCUCGUCUGGGCCGCCGCCGGCACCGUCGUCGCCCGCUAUGCGCCCGUCCGCUUCUCUGGUGAAAUCACACAGUCGCUCCUGUUCAUGUACAUGCUGGGAUGGAUCGAUCUGAUUGCUGGUCUCGGAUUCUCCUACUACCACAGCUUCGUGCUGGAGGAGAAGUUCGGCUUCAACAAGAUGACGGUCAAGCUCUGGCUCACGGACAUGGUCAAGGGCCAGGCUCUUGCGAUCGCUUUCGGUGUUCCCAUUGGAAGCGCUUUCCUGUCCAUCAUCAAGGCGACUGGCCAGGGUUUCUUCUACUAUCUAUGGAUGUUUAUGCUGGUCGUUCAGAUUACAGGCAUGACCAUCUACCCGAUCCUCAUUGUGCCACUAUUCAACAAGCUGGAGCCGCUCAAGCCAGGCAAGCUCAAGGAGUCUGUCGAGGCUCUUGCGUCUAAGCUCAACUUCCCUCUCUCAGAGCUACAGGUUAUCGAUGGCAGUAAGCGCAGCGCCCACAGCAACGCAUACUUCACUGGACUCCCCUGGAUCGGUAAGAAGAAGAUUGUUAUUUACGACACAUUGCUGGAGAAGAGCACAGAGAAGGAAGUCGAAGCCGUCCUGGCACACGAACUCGGACACUGGAAGAUGAACCACACCUCGCGACUUCUUUUCAUUAGCCAGGCGCAUCUAUUCUACAUGUUCGCCCUGUUCUCCGUCUUCAUCGACAACCGCUCGCUGUAUGCCGACUUUGGCUUCCACAGGGAACAUCCGACCAUUGUUGGCUUCAUGCUCUUCAACGAGAUCUUGUCGCCCACCGACUCCAUUAUCAAGCUACUCCUCAACAUCUGGACUCGCAGCAUGGAGUACGAAGCCGAUGCUUUCGCCGUGAAGCUCGGGUAUGCGCGCGAACUCGGUGCCUCGUUGAUCAAGCUUCAAAUCCAGAACCUGUCAAGCAUGGAUGCUGACUGGUUCUACUCGAGCUUCCACCACUCGCACCCGAUUCUGACAGAGCGCCUCAAGGCUAUGAACUGGACUGGCGACAAGAAGGUCUCAGAGGAUAAGGCGAAGGACGACGAGAAGCCUGUAAAGGCAGCGGAUCGGGAACUGUAG